AUCCAGCAGACAGAGAUGAUUCAUUGUGUGUGACGUCAUGUUCAGGAGCCUCAACCUUUGAACCAUGUGGCGGAAAUGGCAAGGGAUCUGUAUACCAAACAGGUUCUGGAGCUAUCAGUCAAGAAUUACCUAGCACACAGUUAGGAAGUACCAACGUGACUAGUACCGUGCCAUAUACAGACGAGAUAAUGGUUAAUGUGUCUGCGAUGACCGGGUCUGCCGUGUCAUACGUGACCUCAGUUUACGUAGCAUCAUCUGCAAACAACCAAGGCCAGUAUGAGCUGUAUUACAACUCGGAUGACUGUACGUCCAGCCACCGGAUGCCCCAUACCGACGAGAAUGAAAACAUUUCUGUAUUUUCGUUAGCAGCUCAUGAGGCAGUGGACACCUUACCGGUACAUUGUAUUUGGAUUGUCUUCCCGACUUCUGUGGGACCGGACCCCAUGGUCAUCCAAGUCAGCUUUCUGAAUGAUAAGAUGUAUAUUUUGGCCAAGUAUUUCGCGAUCAUAGGCGAAUGGAGCGCAGAUACGACAACUAAUGACCCUACACAGACAGCCACUCCAGUUAUCACAUCAGAAGUCACAACAGAGGUCACAACGACGGUCACAGAGGUCACAACAACGGUCAAUACAGGAACAACGGGAGUACAGGAUACAACCAUUACUUCAUCGGGGCAAUCAACAACGAACAAUACCCUGACAACCAACCAGGUGUCCACAAUAACGUCGUCUUCUGGAAUUCCGACAGUCACAUCCGGAUGCGUUGGUUGUCCGUGUGUAGCACAUCAAUAUGUUAAUUAUUCAGCAGAAGAAAUUAGGCGUAGAAUUCAAUAUUUACAGACUCAACUUACAGUUAAUAAGAAAACACUGUCAUCAUAUAAACGGAAACGCACGUCAGCUGUUGACAAUAGGGACUCUGCGGUCAGCCUUGGAAGUCUAGGAGUCCUGGUUAUUAUUACAAGUAUCUCGCUUGUUGUCUGUUCAGAUUUAGUCAAUUUGCGUCGCUUCUUCAGAUUGAAAAAACAACGUGCAGCCAUGCGUGACAAAAUGAUGGAAUGA